UUGUAAGGAGAGAGUGCAAUGGAGGGGGUUGACCCGAUGUUGGCAAUGGCAUCGAGCACCGGCGUUGUAGCUGAUAGCUCGCCAAAUGCUGUGGCGCUGAGCGUUUGGGAUGCCCAGCAGCUGCAGGUGAUGUCGCUCACAAAUCCCGUAAAUCCGCUGCUGCUCGCAUCGGCAUGUGUCGGCUCUUCGGCUGCGCUGGAUUUUCUUUUCAGAAGGGAAGACAACCAAGAGGCACCAAUGGUGAUGCCUACUCGAGACUUUCUUGGCUUGCUAGUGGGAAACACCCCCGGCACCGGCGGAAGAAGAGUGGCCGUGCCACAAGCUUCUGGCAGUGUGGAGGAUGGCGACGAUCAGCCAUCAUUCCCAAGCGCAUCUCGGCUUCUCACGGGCGUCGCCGCUGAUGGGGGCACAGCACUACAUGUGGUUGCUAGCCAUGGUGACGAUGCAGAGUUCUUGAAGUGUGCUACCAUCAUCAGCAAGAGGGACCAAGGCCUCAUGUUUGCAGUAAAUAAAAAGGGCGACACGCCCUUGCAUUGUGCCGCCAGAGCUGGUAAGUCCAAAAUGGUCUCCUGUCUCGUUAAACUUGCUGAAAGAUGCAACAGGUUGCGUGAGUUCUUGAGAAAGGAGAAUGUGCUUAUGGAGACGGCCUUGCAUGACGGUGUCCGUGCUGGAAGGAAUGAUAUUGUGGAGCUUCUGUUGGGGGCCGAUCCUGAUUUGGCUAAUUAUCCUGAACAAGCCACUUCACCAUUGUACCUAGCAAUUUUAAUGAGAAGAGACGACACUGCACAAGCACUACAUGAUAAAAGCAAUGGAAAUCUUUCUUACUCCGGGCCAAAUGGGCAAAAUGCGCUACACGCCGCAACUUUUCAAGGCUCAGGUAUUAAUUUUCUUUCUUGA